AGAUACAGAUACAGCCACAGAACCUAAUGUUAUUGGCGGGUCGUCGACUAACCGCACAACCACUCCAAAACUCAAACCAAACCAAAGUCAAAACCAUUCCGUUCCGACUCUGAUUCCAAAGCCGAAAAAGUUUUUAUCGCGAGUUUCGACCUCGACGUGAAAGUUUCCGCUGCGUGCACCCAGCCAGCGAGCCAGCAAGCCAGACACAGUGAGCCAUGGCUGCGGCGAACGUGAAGAUUGUGGAGUCCAAGCUGGACAUAUUCCAGGCGCCCCAAACCCACGCCCUGGCCCAUGCCGUAGAGUCGUCCUUUAUGGCGCUGCGGGGCACCCUGGCCUGGCAGUUCGGCCUCAUCUACGGGGAUGUGGAUGAGCUGCGACAGAGGAGGGUCAGCCGGGGCAACUGCGCCGUGCUGGAGCAUAACUCGCGCUUCAUUUACUACCUGGUCACCAAAUCGAAUCUCUACGAAACCAGCACCUACGACGAUGUCCAGGCGGCGCUGAUCUGUAUGCGCGAACACAUGCGCAACCACGAGAUCACCAAAGUGGCCAUGCCCCGGAUCUGCUGCGGCAAAGACGGUCUCGAGUGGAGGCAAGUGAAGCGUCUGAUGCAGCAGACCUUCUCACAGAGCGAGUACCCCAUUGAGAUCCUCAUCUGCGAGCACGAGGAUCUGUCCAAGGAGCUGGCUGCGCCCAAAUGCCAGAUUACUGAGGCCAGGGGCAAUCUUUUUAGCGCACCAGAGAACUACGCUCUGGUGCACUCUGUCAGUGCGGACUUUGCCAUGUGUGCAGGGCUCAACCUGCAGUUCCGCUGCAAAUUCGGUCAUGUAGAUGAUCUGAAGCGCCAGAAUCGGCACACCGGAAACGUGGCAGUCCUGGAGCAGGGCGGACGGUACAUCUACAACCUGGUGACCAAGGAGCGCAGCCACGAGAAAUGCACCUACACGGCUCUCUAUUACGCACUGCUGGCCAUGCGCGAGCACAUGAGGGAGCACGGAGUAACCAAGCUGGCUAUUCCCCGACUCGGAUGCGGCAUCGAUCGCCUGGACUGGUUGCGCGUGCGCAGUCUGCUGGACCUUGUGUUCGCCGAGGACAACGUUGAUAUCAUCGCUUUCUUUUACACUCCCCCACAAAUGUCCAAAGACACGCUGAAUGUGGUGUGUCCGACCUGUCGGCACAUGAAGACCAUCCAUUUACCCUCGAGAUCCGUCAGCGGAUCGAGGAACUCGCUUCAUCGCGAAAAGACCCCAUUCUAAAUGGAGCGAUGGCGACUUGUAUAGAGCAGCAGAAGAUUGCUGCAAUUAAAAUGGUUUUCUUGGGACUUGUGGCACCGAAUGCACCAAAUACUUAUAUAGUCGAUAAGAACACUACACUUAAGAGCUUCCAUGGCACGUAAAUUGUAUAUUUUUUGGGUAUUUAUACUUAAUGUACAUUAAAACGAAAUACACCCCUCAGAGAGGGAUUAACCAAUGA